GCGAUAUUUAAACACCCCACCGGGCACAGCGCGCGCACUCACGAGCUCAGGAGCAAGACACAGCCCGUGCAUUAACGAGAGGAGAUCUGUCUUAUAUCGGAGUUUAACACACAAGGACUACAGAAGAUGAAGUCUCCAAAGAUGAAGUCACAGAACAAAUCCUUUCUUGAGGACGUUGGCGAUCUGAACGCUGUGUUGUGUGAAUUCGACGCGGUCAUCGAGGACUUCUCGUCUCCUGUGGAGAAGCGACACUUCAGAUAUGAUGAGCACUUGAGAACCAUGAAGAGACGGAGCAGCGCGAGCGUCAGCGACAGCGGCAUCAGCGACGCCGAGAGUGCAGAGUCCUUGAGCAGUUUCAGCUUCAGUGAGGAGAAGCUCAACUCUCCCAGCGUCUUCUCCCCCUCAUCAAACAGUCCUUUGGUCACAUCUCCUAAACCUAAACUUGGAGACACUAAAGAGCUGGAGGACUUUAUUGCUGACCUUGACAAAACAUUAGCAAGCAUGUGAGUAAGAGACGGGAUGACUGGGGCCCACCACACUGUAGCUCCGCUGGGGGACGCCAGCCAGACCGCUCCUGAUAAACCUGAAUCACUGUGAAGAUGGAGAAGACAUGGUCAGGGUUUCACAUGCUGAACGACGCCGUUCGAGAAGGCUUGGUGCAUACUUACGCCCAUACAAAAACUCAAAUACAUAUGCGUAAGAAAGACUCUUUUGACAGGAAUGGCUUGAGCUGUAAGAUUAUUUAAAUCGCUUUUGUAUAGAAAUAUAUUUUUUUGAUUUUAUAGAGUCGGUUCUUGUAAAUGUAUCUGUAAUACCAUUUUGUGAAUUUAUAUUUUUGUAUUUCAUGUAAAUAUUGUUUUAGACUCAGUCGCCUUGCUAUAAGCCUCUUCUGCCACAUGGGAAUAAACGUAAUUCUUAAUUCAUUAGGAAAACUGGAAAAGCAAUAUGACAUGUAUUUAAUACAACUAAUGUCUUAAAGAGAUUCGAGAUGUUUCGUGGCAUUAUUUCAUUGUGUGUCUUAUAGCAUCAGAAGCUUUCUGCUUGUUUCUGCAGUAUUUUCUCUUUCAGGGUGGACAGAAGGUAUACUUUAAGACACCAAGGUCUGAGGCAUUGACAUAUUUUAAGAUCAAUCAGUAUGAGUUUAUUUCAGUUGUAACAACUCAGACUUACAUUUUGGUCUGGGACUAAGCGUAAGCCUUGUCUGUGAAUCCAGGGGUAAGAGUAAUUAAUUCAGGGCUGUGGGUCAGUUAUCUAAAGCUCUUGAGCAGUGUGUAUGAUUGACCCCACAGCAGGGGCUUGAGAGCGUGAGCAGUUGCUCAGGAGAAAAUGUGACACCUGGUCACCUCCUCAGCACUUCGUGUCCAAAUCUGUCUGAUCUGCUCAGUCACCAUGCAUUUAUAAUGUUAAAGAAGAAGCGAUCAUCUCUACAGUAUGUUCAUUUAUUAUUUGAUUGGACUGCUAAUUGUUAAACCACUAAAAAAUAAAGAAAAAUGCCAAAUAACUAAAUAACAUGUUUGGAAUCAGAAACAAUGUUGUUUGAAUGAAGUCUUAUGCUCACUAAUGCUGCAUUUAUUUGAACAGAAAUACAGUAAAACCUGUAAUAUUGUGAAAUAAUACAUUUGAAAAUCUAAUUUAUUCCUGCAAAGCAUCAUUACUCCAGUCUUUAGUGUCACUGUAACAAAUAGACUUUUAGUUUGUUCCACUGUUUUCUGUUUGACCUAGUUUCCAUGCUCCCUUGAUUAGCUCAUUCCGUUCACCUGUGUUGCUUUAAUGAUCUUGUUUGUGUCCCUAGUAUUUAAGCCCUGUGUUUUGGCCCUUGCUCCUCAGUUCUGCUGUUAAUGUUGAAUAUUUAUGUUGAUUUGUGUCCAUCUCCUGCCUGAAAGUUUAUUAAAGAACUCUCUUGUUGAUUUUUA